UACACAUAUGAGCGUCACGAUCGUUUAGAUCGUGAUACAUACGAUCUAGUAUGAGGAAUAGACUUAUGGGGAUGCAGAUUUAUUUAUUGUAUAUUAAGUGUCUUAGGACUGAUUUAUAGAGAUUGUUUAUGUUAUAAAAGACAGUCUUUAUUUAAUAUUUAUCAUUGUUUGAAAGUUGACGACUCCUUCGUAUCGUAGCACAUCCCGCGCAUGUAGAAUAGAGUAUAACCCUAAGAUGUUAAAUCCCAUGUUAUCCUCGAGAGUGUUGUAUCUUACAUUGUUUUUAAUUAAUUUUACGCAAACUGUUGUUGAAAAUGAGUUUUGUGAUACGCCUGAUGAAGAUGCGAAGAUUAACAAUAAAUGCAACAUUCAAUCACGCUAUUCUCGAAACCGUUAUAUACUCUACGACGUGAACCCCCCGGAAGGUUUUAAUUUAAGAAGGGACGUCUACGUUCGAGUAGCGGUUUUUAUAAACAAUUUGAUUAAAGAAGAGGAAGAAUUCAAGUGGCAAUUAGUCUUGCCACCAUGGGGCAAUUUAUAUCAUUGGCAGAGUAAGCAUAUAGGAUCGCAAAGACAGUUACCCUGGGGCCUAUUUUUUAACAUUCCAAGUUUACGAAAGUACAUACCAGUCAUUGAAAUGCAUCAAUUUUUACAUGAGUUCCCUUCUGAAAGUGGACAGACACAGCUCGACAAUGUGUAUGUGUUACAAAACGAUGAAGAGAUGUUCAGAACAGGUAAAUUUGAAGAUAAAAAUGAAAUAACAAAGUGUACGAAGGAGUUACAAUAUCACAAAGUAGAAGCUAAUAGAUAUGGUGGAUAUUUUUGGGGAUAUCGCAAUGUAACUUCGAGAAUGGUUAAAUGCCUUAAAUUUCAUGGUUUCAUAUCCAGCCUCAAACAAAAUCUCAAACCUAACGUUUAUAGAUCUAUUGCAUUCGAUUAUAUGGAAAUCGCAUUGCACGAUUCUUAUGGUUCACGCGAAUAUUGGCGAGCCAGACGUAGUAUGCGAUACAAUUCCGAAUUGUACUCUAUCGCAAACAAGUACAGAGAAACGUUUCUUAAUUCCACGAACGAUCGCGAUAAGACAAAACGACCGGAUGACUGGACUAAAGAAAAGAAAAGGAGGAACGCGGUCGGAGGAGCUUACUUAUCAGUUCAUCUGAGAAGACGCGACUUCCUUGUCGGUCGUUCUUCGAUGGUACCCACUAUAAAAUCUGUCGCUUUACAAUUAAAAGAGAAGUUGAACGAACUUAAAUUGAAUACCUUAUUUGUUGCUACAGACGCUAUAGAUGAAGAAUUUGAGGAACUCGAAAAAUAUCUAUUGAAUUACACGGUUUUAAGAUUUAUUCCGUCCGAUCAUGUACUGAAUAAGUUUAAAGACGGUGGGGUUGCCAUCAUCGAUCAAAUAAUAUGUUCUUAUGCCAGAUACUUCAUAGGAACGGCCGAAUCAACGUUUACAUUCAGGAUACAGGAGGACAGAGAAAUUAUCGGCUUUCCUACGAAAACGACAUUCAAUUACUUAUGCAAGGAUGGAAAGAAAUGUGGCUCCGACGGGCAAUGGGAAAUCGUAUGGUAAUGUACAUCAGGUUUACCGAUCAGUUCUUGUUCACGACGAAUCUCUUGCUCCCGUUGUUGUUCCUUGGUCAAGGCUUCUUUCUGUUUUACUUGUUGUAAUCUCAAUGCUCUUUUCUAU